AUGCUGCCACCACCAGUCUCCUCAGGCCCUAAAUACAAAGCCUUUCGCCGCGUCACCUCGCCGCGGAAAAGGGUCCUCGAUGCCUUGCUCAGCCGUAGUCGAGCGACCAAUCUAGCCAUCCUUCUGCUAGCAUUCCUAUGUGGCAUCUCUUUGCUGUGCAAUGUCCGGUUUUACGCUAGAAAUUCACUUCGGGAAGGAUCUGCAAUGCUUGCCACCAUAUCCCGACCCAAUGCACUCGCCGAUCUUGAUCAUCUCGUCGUGGUACCCUGCCACGCUAUCUGGCAGGGAGGUGAUCCGAGUUCAAGGCUGAACGAAGAGGAUUGGAUUCUUGAACCAUAUCAGAAGGGGGGAAAACGUGUAGCAGCCUUUUUUAAACACAUAGAAAAAGGCGUAGAGCUGGCAAGGCAAGAUGCCCGUUCGCUCCUCAUAUUUUCUGGCGGUCAGACGCGGCUUUCCUCUUCCACGACGGAGGCCGAGUCGUACAUGAGGCUGGCGAUGAGGACCGAACUACUCCAUGCGUCAAACUCUGACCCCGUCUUUAGACGCGUUACAACGGAAAACUAUGCGCUCGACUCGUAUCAGAACCUUUUAUUUGCCGUUGCCCGCUUUCGCGAAUUCACCGGCCACUUCCCUGAAAGAAUUACGGUCAUCGGUUAUGAAUUCAAGCGGAUGAGGUUUACACAACUCCACCGAGCGGCUAUACGGUGGCCUGAAGCAAAGUUUCGGUACAUUGGCGUGGACCCUGACGAGGGUCAUAGCCCGAGUGCAGAGCAAGGAGAGAGACGAAAUGGAUAUCUCCCUUACUCGCUCGAUAAAUACGGCUGUCACUCUGUUCUAUUGUCGAAGCGGCUGCAACGAAACCCUCAUUCAAGAUUCCAUUCAUACUACGUGACAUCCCCAGAGUUGGCAACAUUGUUCGACUGGUGCCCUAGUGCCUCCGAAGGGAGUCUUGGGGAAAGCACUCUCUUCAAUGAAGUGCUACCAUGGGACCAUCUUUUCAUUGGAUAA